CACUUAAUAAAGCGUUAAUUAUUGCAAAGAGAUACCUGUUAGGAAAAACAGAUGCUAAAAGUACAGCAAGACAAGUAAAUGAGUGGAUUAAAGUAAACAGCCAAACAGCAAAACUGUUAUCGACCAAACUCACAGAUAUACCCAAGGGCAUAAGCUUGGUUCACUGGUUUCAGGAGAUUACUCCUUCAGCAUAG